UCCACCGGGGGCGGACUUCGGACCCGAAGCCGGAGGAGAGGGCGCGAGGGGCCCCGCAGCGCGCCGCGAUGGCCAAGUUUCUUUCCCAGGACCAAAUUAAUGAGUACAAGGAAUGCUUCUCCCUGUACGACAAGCAGCAGAGGGGGAAGAUAAAAGCCACUGACCUCAUGGUGGCCAUGAGGUGCCUGGGGGCCAGCCCGACGCCAGGGGAGGUGCAGCGGCACCUGCAGACCCAUGGGAUAGACAGAAAUGGAGAACUGGAUUUCUCCACUUUCCUGACCGUUAUGCACACGCAAAUAAAGCAAGAGGACCCAAAGAAAGAAAUUCUUCUGGCCAUGUUAAUGGCGGACAAGGAGAAGAAAGGUUACAUCAUGGCGUCCGAGCUGCGGUCAAAACUCAUGAGACUGGGGGAGAAGCUCACCCACAAGGAAGUGGACGAUCUUUUCAGGGAAGCAAAUAUCGAACCAAAUGGCAAAGUGAAAUAUGAUGAAUUUAUCCACAAGAUCACCCUUCCUGCGCAGGACUACUGAAUGAGGAGAACACCAGAGAGCCUCCCCUGGGCCUGAAAACUUGGACUGAUUAAUUUUUAACAAGAAAAGUGUUCUUUUCACUCUAGGGAGAUGGCAAACACAGCGGCAAGAUGACAUUACCCAACUGUAGCAGAGGAUAACUAGCAAUAAUAAAUGAUGUCAGCCACGGUAUUAGCAUGUCUUUAAUAAAAGAUUUGUAUUGAUUUUA